AAACAAAUAUGUCCAAUUUAAGUGAAAGUAAUUUCCAAAUAUUUUUAGAGCAAGUGCAAAAACAAUUUUUAUGUUGUUAUCCUGUACAAUGUAUUCAAUGGCAGAAUUUUCCUAAACAUUUAAAUUGGGAUCAGCAAAACAUGCUAAUAGAUUACACGUAUAAAUGCCACCUGAAUCGAGAAAUGCCUAUUAAAUUACAAUAUCAAUUAAAUUUCCUGAAGAAACUGAUUGCUUAUUUAGAGCAAGACUGCUCUGAGAUACAUGAUUCGAUCUAUGAAAGCUUUUGCGAAGCGCAACGAAAAAUUGUUAGUCAGCCGUCAGAGAAAUUUGCUUUUAAACAUUAUGUACUGAGCGAGAAAGUCCAUUUCAGUUUAAAAGAAUCAAAAAGUUUUGUGGCCGAUGGUACUACGGGACUAUGUAGCUGGCAAGCAGCAUUGGCCUUAACGGACUAUUUUCUACACCACAAAGCAAUACUUUGGAAUCGACGGAUUUUAGAAUUGGGAUCUGGUGCCGGCCUGUGUGGUUUGAUAAUUUAUAGAUUAUGUGAGCCAAAACAUCUUUUAUUAACUGACGGCAGCUUAUCGUGCCUAAAGCUUAUAGAAGAAAAUAUUAAACGUAACUUUCUACACAUAGAAGAAACAAUAGAUAACAAAUGGCUUAUGAAUGAUCAUAUUUUGGAAUGUUGUUUGGUAGACUGGAAAGAGAUAAAUUGUGUGAAAGAAGUGAAAACAAUGCUGCCAGAUAUACUUUUAGCUGCGGAUGUUGUGUAUGACAGCAGUGUUUUUGAUGAUUUAUUACACGCCAUUGAUUACGUGUUUAAUUUAAAACAGAAUAAAGUAAAAAUGUUUCUGGCUGCUACUGUUAGAAAUCAAGCAACUUUGAAUGGUUUUCUUAACAAAUUAGGAAAUCUUCGUUUUCAAGUAGAUAACGCCGAAGUUAUACCUUUAGAAGAGAGUUUCCUUUAUUGGGACCGCUUAACGCCGGUUAGAAUUUUAAUUAUAACGAGAUAAUCGUAAGCAUAUGCAUUAUAUACAAACCAUGCCACGGCAUCAUACCACUGAAAAGGUAGGAAAUGUUUUCCAAAUCAACUCAUCAUCAAAAAUUCUACUUUUACAAUGGAAAAAUGCUCCAAGAAGACUUGCAGCGAGCAAAACGGGCGCAUUAUAUGUAACAUUAUAUGUAAUGUCAUCAAUGUUCAAAUACUCUCUUUAAGAAAAGGAGCAAAAUUUUACAUUUUAAUUUAACGCACAUAUCAAGGAGGUUCUAUACACGAAUAUAAAUUUUUAAGCAUAUUUUUUACUAAACAUUCAAACUUAUGGAAUAGAUUAUAUCGACCACAUUAGCCAGACGUAAAUGUUGCUCUCAAUUAAAAAAGUCCAUAAAAUUACAAUUAAGCCAAAUAUAAGUGAAACUAAACAAACAAAUAUUGAGCUAAAAAAUACAAAAAUUGGAAGAGAAACUAGCCAAGAAGUAAAACCAUUAGAUCAUUUCCACAUCCACAAAACAAAGCAAACAGUAAAUCAAAAUGUACCAGUAAAGAGUAGUCGAGUGUUUGCGUUUAUAUCCCUUCAUUUCAGUUUCUUAAUAUACUCGUAUCAGUACCAUGUUUCUUAAUAUACUUAACGCAUCCAAACUUAUUGCUGCUUCAUUCAAUCUUUACAUUUUUUUUUUUUUUAAUAUAUCACUUAAUGUCAGCGCUCACCUAUAAAUUACUAGCUUGUCAUAAUAAUUGAGGAGUGGUCACUUCUUUAAAUAUAAAAAUAAAAAGAUUCAAAAUGACAGAAUUUUUUUAUUAAAGUUCGAUUCUUUAUGCCAUAUAGAUCAUGUCAUCGAUAUACUUAUAGGUUUACAGUUAACCUGUCGACUAUGCACCCGACACAGACAGGAAUAUCGAAAUGAAAGCAUUCUCUAGAAAUGGCUUUUUGCUUAUUUUAUUUAAUGAAUCCUGGAAAUAUCAAUCAAAAUCUGUCUUGAUUAGAAGCCAAAGCAUCACAAUGGAUGCAAAAAAUGUUAGAUACAUCACAGCAAGGUGAAAUGUCCACUUUUAAGAAUUUGCUAGAACAAUUAAGCUUAUUGACAAAUCUAUAAAUGAAAAAUAACGUAACCUACAAAUCGUCGCUGUUAUUGUCUUCAGGAUCGACAGAUUAGACAGUAAUAAAAUAUUCAUAUAUUUUCGUUAUUAUAUUCUUUUUAGUUAAAAACACAAUUAUUAACAACUAAUUGCUUAUAGUAGGUAUGGUGGCGUCGUUUAAACAUCCAACAUUCAAUUGUUCGAUUUGAUGUUUUUGAAAUAUAGAUACGAUACGUUCUUGGCACUUUCAUGCCUACGACCAAUGCCAAUAAUGAAACAAUUAUGAUGAAAACAAAACCCUGAGACAUUAAUGUGCUAAUAUCCGUAGAAUAAAAAUAUGAAUUUUUCUGAUUCGAAACAAAAUAAUAAUAAAUCAUACCAGUCGCUAAUAAUUUUAAAGCAUAUGAUGCAUAAAUGACUAAUUCGUUGUAACGAAAAUGCGCUACCUCUACCAAAAUGAUUUGUAAAUUUGAAUAAUUUAUACCGAAGCAUAAAAUAAUUAGCCAAAAAGGUAUACUGGUUUUUACAGAAUUACACAUAAGCAUUUAGGUUGAAUCGAAUAGGUUCUGCCCGUCGCUAUUCAGGAGUUCGUGACUAACAUAACAACAUAAGAAGCCGACAUGCAUUGUGCUAUGUAUUCUAUCAUGUCUUUCCGAUAAGUCGCAGAAAAAAGUUCAACCCUUUGAACCUGAUGUCCACUUGCUUUCAUAAAGUAGACCACCAUAAUUUUUAUUCCCAAAUUAAACAAAGCCGUCGCUAAAUUCCCCGUUAAAAGACAAAGCACAGAGUUGCUUGUAAUAAAUGAGAUAAAUAGUCCAAAAAUUGGUCCGUAGCCAAUUGAGGUGAUGUUAAGAUUACGUGCAGCCACAAACGCAGAUAUCGUAUAGCCGUACGUACACUAGCGUACACUAGGUAAAAAACUAAAACAUAGGCUUUUUUUGCGAUUAAAUGAAUUAAAAGCUUACAAAGGUGGAACUGGAAAAACAAAGAGAAGAACAUCGCAUAUAUUUACCCAGGAUGCAAGGAGCAUAUAAAAAUAAUUUGUAAAGAAAAUUUUGGCAAAUGUCCGUCAUUGUUCAAUACAUAAAUUCGUUUUUAUGAUAAAUUUUGAAAAUUGUAUGCACUCUCGAAAUAAUGGUGCAAUGAAUUUUUAAUUGAAUAUUCAUAUUCUAAAGUUUUAAAUCAAACUGAGAGAGAAUAUCUAAAGUGCUUUUUUCGCAGUCACGGCUCUUCUGAUAAAACUGAUAAGAUAAUAUGAAAAAAAGACAUUAUUUUCUUUUUGUUGCAAAUAUUUAUCUAUGUAUGAAUCAAUUUGAAGCGAAUACUGGACACGCCUUACCUGGUCACGCUAAACUACUUAUAAAGCAAUUCUUCAAUUAAUUCGUUACAAGGUUAUCAUGACGAUGGCAUUUUUCGAAAACAACUUAUGCACAAUGUAAAUAUACAUACUUGAACGCUUCAAAAGAACUUUUUUGGUUUCAAUUAAAAUGUAGCGAUCUUAUCUAUUUUUCAGCACAGAAACGCAAUAGUAGUAGGAAUAGUAAAAAACGAAGUUAAUGCGAAAUAUUUUUUGGAUUUUUUACAUGUGACAACUGUUACGAUCAAUUUAAUAAGCUUGUAAUCUUUUAGUGAUCAAUGAAAAAGAGUUCAAUUACAUGAUAAGUCUUACAAGCGAUUUUCUGCCUUUCUCUCUUUCAGGGUAUGUCUUAUUAGUAACACAUGUGGUUAUGGAUAGAAUUGCUUAGUGGACGACUUAAUAAUAGCACUUCAUAUAUUUAUAUAAAGUUCUACGAAUUGAUU